GCUCCUAUUGGUCGCUGCGUAAUAUUAAAAUAAAUAGCCUAAAGUCUUCCUCGACAAAUGGACAAUCCAACACAAACAGAAUUUUUCAAAUCGAACCAGCAGUUCCUGCAGAAAUCAUCACAAAAAUCCCAAAAAGCCUCUUCAGCUUUAUAAUGAAAUGUUUCCAGUGCAAGUAUGGGUUGUGUUAUCAAUAAUGGUUAUAUUCAAUCAGGCAGCAAUACUUAACUUGAAGGAUUUUACCAAAGAUUUUACACAAGCUGCUUCGAUGACUACUUCAGAAUCAAAUGAUACUUCAAAGACUACAACAUCAUUUCCAACUACAACCCAUUCAAAGGUUACCUCCAAAGCCAUACAAAUCUCUACAGUGAUCACAGCCAAUUCAAAAAUUACACCUGAAAAUACACUCGCGUCUUCUUUUAAAGAUACAGAUUAUAGUAUCAACAUAGAAAAUGAAUCUUCUAUGCCCGUUAUGAAAAGUUCUUGGUUUAAAUUAAUUUUUAAAGCAGUGGAUGCAGUAUCUAAUUUUUUUGGAGGUAACUCUCAUUCUGAUCAUCAUGAGCAUCAUUCAUAAAAAAUGCCAUUUCAAAUUAAGUACUAUAGAUAUAUUUCAAAUAUUUUUAAUAUGUCUUGUACUUAAGGUAUUAAGAAAGUGAUACUGGUCUUUAGGAAAAUUUAAAAUUAAAUCCUGUAUUAAAAUACAUUGUAAUUUGUGUAUGUAAAUAUAUAAAUAUAUUGUUGUGAUUGUUUAUGAUUUAUAUAACAAUAAACUAUAAAUUAUAUUUAAUAUAAAA